AUGCGUCUUUGUUCCGGCUUUGCCGCCCUUUGCGGGUUCCAGGCUACACUUGUUGUGGCGGAGAACACCACUUGGCCCUGGCAAACAUUCAAGUCCAGCCCUCAUGAGCCCCCCAGUCUCAAAAUCUCGAAAUCCGGCCCUACCAGGCCCGGAUACCUCUUUUUCGAUCAAUCAUGGGACGCACAUCAGUACAGCGUGUUCAUCAUGUCAGACAGCAACGAGCUUGUCUGGCAGAGCCCGCCCGGUGAUCUGAAGGGUUUCAGAGUACAGAAGCUGGAUGGGAAGCCUGUCCUGACAUACUUCAACGGCCUUGGGGUCCCGGAGCCAUUUGGCUGGGGAUACGGUAUCGUCCAAAUUUUGGAUGAGUCCUAUCAAAGUAUCUACAAUGUCUCCGUGACAAACGACAAUUACAAGGCCUUGGGCAGCAUUGACAGUUCCUCUUUUAUAUCCUGGAUUGACAUGCAUGAGAGCACAAUAACAACUGAUGGAACAAUGCUGGUCACCGGCUACAAUGUCACCCAGGCUGAUCUCAGUUCUGUGGAAGGCCCCAAGAAUGGCUGGAUCGCUGACUCGCUCUUCUAUGAGAUCGACAUCAAGACCAACGAGAUACUUUUCCGCUGGAGUGCCCUGGACCAUAUUAAUCAGAUUCCCUUGGAAAAUGUACAGCCAUUCUAUCCUGUUCAUGACUGGGGAUAUAACAGCAGCUCGCCCUAUGGCUACUUCCACAUCAACUCAGUGGACAAGUUUCAAGAUGGAACGUACAUCAUUUCUUCUCGUUACUACUGUUCGCUGUUCAAGAUCGCGAAAGAUGGAUCAGUUGACUGGACACUUCAGGUAAAUUUUAACUUCUUCGAGUGUGUCCCAGAUACUAAUAUGCGACAGGGUCAAACUGGCGGCGACUUUACACUCAACGGAAUCAAAUUCAGCUACCAACACGACGCCCGAAUCCACGAAGAGACUGAGGAUGCAUUCACUCUUAGCAUCUUUGACAAUGCCAACUCUGACAUUCAAAACGGGACUGGUCACACUGAAGGCAUAUUUAUGAACGUCAAUCUAGCCACUCACGAGGUCUCCCUGGUCCAAAGUCUCCACGAUCAACGGGAUGAGAUAUUCUCAACUUCUCAAGGAAACACACAAUUGCUGCCUGAAAAGCACGUUUUGAUGGGAUAUGGAUCAAAUCCUAAGAUCAAGGAGUACAAUUCCAACGGGUUUUGUGUCAUGACUGCCCAGUUUGGAUUUGACAAUGUCAUCUCAAGUUACCGAUCCUAUCGCUCCCCUUGGGUCGGCGUCCCCAAAACUCUUCCCGAUGUAUUCUCUUGCAUUGAUCAGGGCCGGAACAGGACCAAUAUUUAUAUGAGUUGGAAUGGAGCCACUGAGCAUAAUCAGUGGAAGGUGUUUGGGGGCGCUACUCCCUCAGACCUAAGUCCAGUUGCAGUAGCACGGAAGUCAGGAUUUGAGACCGUGACAAGCGUCAAAGGGAGUCUCGGGUAUAUUCGAGCCGAAGCUCACGGUCUAGGGAUUCAGAAAGGUGUUUCCAAGAUUGUACCCGUAGAGAAUGGGUGUUAA